CGUGAGACCUGUCUGAAUCAUUCUGCGGAAGAUUCUAUCUUCGGAGAUUCUUCCCCUGACACUGCCGUUUGGGAGCUUCGAUUCUACCGACGCAUCAGAGGCAUUGGAGUUCUUUGGCUAGCCCGGCGCCACGACGUGUUUGUGCUUCCGCCGGCGCCGAAUCUGCUGUUGUUCCUCUCGGACGUGUUGUUGCGCCGGGGCACCGGACCUGUUCUUUGGAGCGUUGUCACUUUCUCCCAACUGACCCGGUGCUUCGACUUGAGUUCCGAUCUCAGGGUCCGAAAUUCCCCGGACUUGGAGAAGUCGCGUUUGGCCAACUACUCCACUUGGAUAGUGGGUUUGAUAAUUUUGAACUGUCAAAGAGUGAGAGUGAGUCGUCGGUAUGGCGCUAGCAAGAAGAUUACUCGCUUUGGGCGAGUUGGAACUGAAUGAGACGGGCGAUACUUUGAACAGAAAUGUGUACUACGUUGUAGAAGAUGAGGCGGUGAGCAGCUGGACGCCCACCAUGCUGGUGCUGUGCUACGUGCUGGGCGGCCUGCUCAUCACGCUGCUCGCGCUCUACGUCACGCUCGAGCUGCACUACUUCCUGCGCAUGUGCCUGUGCGUGCUCAUGGCGCGCUUCUGCAAGCCCCGCAUCAGCAUCCUCGACGACACAUACGUGCACGGGUUGUGCACGACGCAGGACGUGGACAUCUUCUGGCGGCACAUGAACAACGCGCGCUACGUGCGCGAGCUGGACUUCGCGCGCUUCGACUACUACGACCGCAGCGGCCUCUACCAGGAGAUCGUGAAGCUCAAGGGCAACGCCAUGCAGGGCGCGUCCAACCAGCAGUUCGUGACGCCGCGCGACGGCUUCGUGCGCACCAUCGCGAUGAGCAAGCAGAACAUCGUGGGCGUGGACGUGCCGUCGCUGAUGCGGCGCGUGGUGGGCGAGCGGCCCGAACAGCCGCCCGAGCUCAUGCACUGGCUGCGCAGCGUCGAGCUCUCCAGCGCGCGCCUCAGGCGCAGCGAC